UACAAUCCAACAAAUAUCAUCAACUUUUAACUAUUACAUUCGUAAAAUGAAUAAUAAAUUAAUUUUUUAUUCAUUAAAUUCAUUACAAUGAUGUCAUUUUACUUACAAUGCGUAAGUCGAUCAUACCGGCCAUGCCGAUGGUGUCAAGCCGAUUUCAUGACCGACACAGAUUGAACCGGGUGGCAUGCCACUGGUUUUAAACAAUGAGAUGAAGGCUGUUCCAAUCACGAAACAUGACUAAGACGAAGAAGAUCCUAGUUAGUUUGUUUGUGUAUUAAAAUGAAAACAGCUAGAGAUGGCUGUAAUGUAUUGGAGGUGAAAGAGGGGCCAGGUAGGAAGGCAUACCGAUUGAAGUUGGACGGAUUUACACAGAGAUCGAAGAUAGAUGAUUUGGUUGGUAGCCAUUACUAAUUAGGGGUUUCAUAUUUAAUAAUUUCUCCCAUAGUGCCAGCAUGCAUGCAUCUAUCUACCUUUUCCCAUGUGGUUUUUUGUUUGGGUCACUUAUUAAUCGACUUAAGCAGAGACAGAUCGAAGAAAACAACAUUUGUCUGUUGCCCACUUUGAAGCUCUCUUGUCUCGUCUUGACUUCUUUCGGUGACAGACGGCAAGUUUUGGAGUUGUUUGCGGCAGAAGCAAAUGGGAUGGGAACGGCGAUAGCAUAGGGAUUAUUUGUCUCUCCACGAAUUCGUUAGCGUCGAGAAUAAGUUGAUUGAUUCAUAGUUCAAAGCUUCAUCUUAUUACGUACUCAACGUUGCCUACAUCGAAUGAACCUUAACCGAGAAAGAAAGAAAAAAAAAAUAUUGUCCAGAUUGACCGCCAUAUUCAUUCAUACGUUUCGUAAUUUUUUGAAAUAAUUUUCGAAGAAUGUUCUUUAUGUUUUUGCUUCUCUACGUCUGAUUUAUUCUCCAGUUUCCAGCUGAAGGUAUGAAUUUGACCCCAUCAUCCAUGACUACCAGAUCUGGAUGGGCUCGUUGUUUGGCCCAUUAGGUCAUUCAGCCCAUUAAGAGAAAAGGACAACUCAAUGGGCUAGCCCAAUUAUCUCGUUAGAUAUUCCCUCCCCCGUAAUCCCGCCACAGCGCGCUAGUCCACUCCCUUCACUUCAACGACCACUCCAUUCCUUCCGAAUUCCCUUCUUCUCCUUGUGAGAUUUUCAGAUGUUGUUGUUGCAGAACCACCAUUACUCCUCGACUCUCCUCUCUCCUCAAUUCUUCCAUUCACCUCGCUAUCGACACCGCCAUCAGAGAGCUUCUUCUUCUUCCUUUUCCUGCCGCUGUCUCGGAAAUCCCACCCCGGCGGCCCUUUUCACCUAUCUAUCAGCCCUCCGGCGGCCUUUCUUGGAGCCAUGGCUGGCGGAUAUCACCACGAUUGAAGUACCCGUCCCCUUGCCGGAAGACGGCGGUGGCCCUAUUGAGCUCCCUUUCCCUACUGCUCCUUCCAUCUUCGCCACCACCGACGACCCUUCCCCGCUGCAGAUUGCGACCAGCGUGCUGCUCACUGGGGCUAUCCUGAUAUUCCUCGUUCGCUCCAUCCGCCGUCGUUUUAAGCGCGCCAAGGAACUGAGAUUUAGAUCAUCAGGGGCUACUAAGAAGACGUUGAAAGAUGAGGCAUUGGAAAGCUUGAAGGCCAUGGGAGCCGCGGCUCCAGUUGAAGAAGGUAAGAAGCCUACUUCACCUGUGCAGGCACUACUAGGUGGAAUAUCUGCAGGUGUGAUAGCCCUUAUUCUCUACAAGUUCACCACCACCAUUGAGGCAUCUCUCAACCGGCAGACCAUAUCAGAUAACUUCUCGGUUCGCCAAAUAACAAUUACUAUCAGGACCAUCAUCAAUGGGUUGUGCUACCUUGCCACGUUCGUUUUCGGUCUUAACUCUGUCGGUUUAAUCCUAUACUCUGCCCAGCUCACGAUGAACUCCUUCAUGGAAGGGGAAGAAACUCAAACUGGUGAAGGAGAAAUGCUAUCAGAUCCGCUGAACUCAACUUCUGAUGGAGAUCAGAGCAGUCAGAUGGAUGAAAAUUCCGACGAUGGUCAAUAGUGUAAAUAAGCAAACAGGCCAGUG